AUGUCAAGGCUGUGCGAAUCAAGUGCCGACAGAAUCAGCCAUCUUCCUGAUGAUGUGAUGCAGCGAAUUCUCUCGUUCUUACCCGUAAAAGAUGCAGCCAGAACAGCCACACUGUCGAAACAAUGGCGGCACAACUGGAGGGCAAAUACCCAACUCGUGUUCGACGGCGAUUUCGGCGAAAUCUCAAAAGAGGGUAGCUAUGAUUCGAAUGCAAGUAAGCUAAUGUUUCAGAUUUGCAAAGCUCUGAUGGUUCAUGAUGGACCCAUAACCAAGUUCGUGCUUGAAAUUCCUGGAUUAAGGCGGCCUUCUCCUGAUAUCAACCACAUCGUUCACUUCCUCGCCAAGAAAGGCGUCCAGGAGCUCGCCCUUAUCUUUUCUGAUGAUGGAAUUAACGGCGGGAACCCGAUGAUUGAGCGAGAGAUGCCUUCUGCCUUGUUUUCUGCUUGCCAACUCAGCUCUCUGAUAUUGCGGGACUGUGAUUUCUCUGUGGCACCAUCUUGGUUUCUGGGAUUUAGUAAGCUUACCCAUUUUGAGUUAGCAAACGUAAAUGUGGAAUCUAGUUUUUAUCGCGACUUCCUUCCCAAUUGCCCGCUUCUCCAAGAUCUGAAGCUUUUUAUCUGCGACUCUGAUGUGGGAGGAUACCAUCGGAAGGCUGAAUUAGUAGCUCCUUCGCUCAAAGUGUUUGAAUCCAAUGUUUGGAAUGUCCGCUUCAAGCAUACCCCACUUCUUUCAGUGGUAUCUAUCUCGCCGGUUAAUGAUCCAGAGGAUUGUGAACAAAGCGGCUUUCAUGUGUAUAAUCCGGAUAUUGCAGCUGUACUUGGUUCUCUCCCUGCAAUCCAGGAGUUAGUGGUUGGCUUAGAAUUGCUUCUUUUCUUUGCCUCUGGUAAUGUCCCCUGCAUACUUCCUACACAUCUUCAUCACCUGAAAGUCCUCGAACUGCACUACAUUCUACUGCAUCGUAUAUCAGAAGCGCGUGUUCUUCUCUGUCUAAUCACGAGUUCCCCCAAUUUGCAAAGGCUUCUCAUUUUGUCCGGUGCCGGCGAUACCCUUCCAGAAAAUGAGGUUAUUGACAGCUUGCAGUUGUUGUUGUUGGGAGCAGAGGACCAUUCUACUGCAAGUUGUUUUCAGUGCCUUCAAGAGUUGAGCUUAAAGGAAGUCCUGGGCACUCGUGUUGAGUUGGACCUGUUGAGGUUUGUACUAGAGACUGCCCCACUGCUUCGUAGGAUUUUCAUCAGGCCAGCGAAAGAACUGGAGACAAGUAAAAGUCACAAAUUCUUGAAGGAGAUGACACGAUAUAAGCGCGCUUCCAAAGAAGCAGAGAUCAUAUAUUUUUGGAAUGAUGAGGCUGACACUUGA